AUGAAUACAGAUGUCGUUAAAGCAUUCAAUGCAGAGCUCACUUCUAUCUACGAUCAGCGUCCACCUUUAAGCAAAAAAAAGAUUCAAGAUGUUAGCAGAGCUGCUUUGAAGGCCAAAAUUUAUUACAAACAUGUCGUUUUUAGCGUCGAAAAAUUUUUAGCAAAGUGUAAAAAUGAAUAUAAAAUCCCUGUCUUGUAUGUAGUAGACAGUAUCAUUCGUGCUUCCAAGCAUCAGUUUAAGGAGAAGGAUGUCUUCGGACCUCGGUUUUUGAAAAAUUUUUCAAAAACCUUGAACGACUUCCUUCAAUGUCCAGUUAAUGAGCAGUGUCGGGUGGUCCGAACUUUGAACCUUUGGAGUGCCAACGGCGUCUACGAAGAAGAAGUUAUCGCCCCUUUCAAAGAACAAUGCAAAAACUUGGGAAUAGAAACUGAUAUCGAGUUAGUGGAAAGAGCGGUCAAAGGAAAGAAAGCGGACAUGACCAUAUAUGGUGGUGCUUACAUUAAAAAAGACAGAUCUCACUCUAAAUUUGAGGCUAGAACACCGCCUCUCCCACCGUCUAAUAGUGGUGAUAUAAGUAGUCAAACUCCUGUACCCGCAAAGGAAGAACCUUCAGAUGAGAUUCCUCAAGGAUGUAUAAGUGAAAAAGAACUGCUGAACAUAAUGCGAUCUGCUGGAUGUGAUUACGGUGGCUCGUUUAGUACAGACUUAGCUCUGCUGCGUAAAGCUCAUUCAAUAUUUUGUGAGGCUUUGGUUCAAAGACAGAAUGCUAUCAUCGCUGAACAGAAAGCAGGAAACAUCAAGAACCUCCUCUCAUCUCAGUUCGACUACAGUGAUGAAGAGGACUCUGGAGACGAAAGCAAAAAGAACGAAGCGAAUGAGCCUAAACCUAUGACUCACGAUCAAGUCCUAUUAAUGGCUGACAAUUUAGUCAAGGAUCCUACUGUUAUGGAUGCUUUCAAGACAUUGCAUCAAGAACGGGUGAUGGUCUUGAAUCAGGUGCUCAUUGCUCAACAACGAGAGAAGUUGAUGAGUGAUCUUCAGCAACAACAACAACAGCAACAACAACAACAACAACAAGUUCAACAUAUGCAACAUCAACAGCAGCAACAGGCUAACGCUCCCCCUGUUGGCAUACCGAUAGGAGUGCCUCCACCAAACUUAGCUCAACUCAAUGCUGGGAUAGCUUCUGGUUUGGCUGGAGGAGGCUUGCCUGGUUUGCCUCCUGGGUUCCCGUUGGCUCAAGGACUUGGUAACAUCAACUUAGCAAGUCUUGGUCAGCUCACAGGAUUUGCCGGAUUACAACCUAUGGUACCUAAUAAUGGAAAUAACGCUCAAAAUAUUUUAGGAAUGCUCAAUCCAUUGAAUAUGAUGUCACAACCAGGUUUAGCUAGAAAUCAACCCCUUUCUCAGAACAUUGAGGAGAUGUUAGCGCAGCAGCAAAUUAAAAUAAAUAAUUCACUUAACCCUCAGAAUGCCAAUACCCUAGGUGGCUUUUUAGGAACGAUGCAAAAUCCUCAUCUGAACCAAGACGACUUGGAUCCGAGACGGGAUUAUGAUGAUAAAGACGGACAUCGGAGAAAACGAAGCCGUUCUUCCGAACGAGACGAUCAUAAACGCAGUAGAGGCAGCAGAUCAAAAGAUAAAGAUAGGACAGAUCGUGAACGGAGGAAACUGGGACUAAUGGCACCAGUAGAAGGAAUAGCUUUGAUUGCGUCGAAGACUUUGUGGUUUGGUCGAUUACCAUCGAUGAUAACGGACAAUGAAGUGAAGAUGGCCUUACGGCCAUUUGGAGAAGUUGACAGAAUAACUAUCAUUUCUUCAAAAGCCUGUGCCUAUGUCACCAUGGACUCUCGUAAAAGUGCAUAUGAAGUUGUUCAUAAACUGGGACGUGACAUGAAAAUAAAUGGAAAGCACAUAAAGGUGGGAUGGGCACAAGGAAAUGGAGUCAAAGGCGAGCCUUACUCAAAGUUUUGGAAUUCCGAAAAAGGAAUCACUUCCAUCCCCUGGAAUGAAUUACCUACUGAUCUCGAAAAGCUCUGUGAAGGAGCUUACUUAGAUGUAGAAAGCUUACCAAUCCACAAAAAAGGAAUUUAUAACGAAGCAGGUUGUGUGAAUGUAAUGGUACCAUCCGCUUCUGAUCCCAGUGGAAUGGAAUUAUCUAGUCCUCAAGCCAGUCCACCAGUGAUGGUGGGCGCCCCCUUUGAUCCUAUUUCUCCCUUGAAACCUCACGACUUCCCACCAUUUGGUGUCCCCCCUCCCUUGCUCAACGCGUUACCCGGAGCCGCUGGUGUUCUGCCACAGGGUCUUCAGAAUCAACUACAAUUUCCUAUGCGGAUUCCUGGAAUGCCAAGACCACCAAUGCAUGACCAGCAGCUAAUCUCUCCGAAUGUAUCUCUACCUCCUCCAAAUACUGCUCCAGUGCCUUUUGCUGCUCCUCCACCGAGUGGUCCAAUGUUUUCUCCUACUAGAGGCUCUUUUAGAGGUGGCCGAGGUAGGGGCUAUAUGAUGGGCCCAGGUCCUAGUCGUGGUGGGAACACUGGUAGAGGUGGAUUCCCUCCUGUGCCUGUUAAUGACUUACCUCCUUCUGAUAAUGAGUGGAACAAUGACCGGAACAGCGACCGCAACAAUGACCGCAACAAUGACCGCAACAAUGACCGUAACAAUGACCGUAACAAAGAUCGUAAGAGCCGCUGGGCACGAGACGAGAGACCAUCAAGAUGGGAUUCUAGUAGAGUACACGCAUUUAAUGACUCGAAGGAACGCCGGCAAAGUCGUAAAUCAUCCUAA